ACAGAUGAAAAAGAAGUAGGAAAUUAAUAUUGUUUCACAGUUAUUUUUCAGUUUUCAAUUUGAUCUCGUUAUUAAUUUUGUUUGUAAUUUAAUCUUUCUAUUGAACAAUUGUAUACAAGUUUCUGUUUUUACUUGAUCGAAAUCAAUCUUCCUUUGCCAUCUUAGUUCGAAAUAUCAUGUUGAAAACAGCAUCAUAAAUUUCCAUAUUUUAUAUCAGUAUACAAUGUAUACCGGUCAAACUGUUUAAGAGUUAUGAGUCAUUUGUUAUAAGAUUUACAAUUCAAAUGUUGAAAGUCAUACAGAUGGGCAUUCAAGCUUUCAUGGUGUUAGCCUCGAAGGUGUGGGCCUGUAUAUGCUUCCUAAUAAAACGGCAAAUAAAAACUGUUCGCCAAUAUCAACCUGUUAAAUAUGGAGUAUUUCCUCUAUUACCAUUGUCCAGACAUAGAAUAAGUAUGGUAAAGCGGAAAGUUUUGGUGCUAGAUUUAGAUGAGACAUUAAUACAUUCACACCAUGAAGGUGUCUUACGUCAUCCGUCCAAACCAGAAAUGCCACCAGAUUUUAUUUUAAAAGUUACCAUUGAGAGGCACCCAGUAAGAUUUUAUGUUCAUAAGAGGCCGCAUGUUGAUUUUUUCUUGGACGUUGUCUCUAAGUGGUAUGAGCUGGUAGUCUUUACAGCUAGUAUGCAAAUUUAUGGUGCUGCAGUCGCUGAUAAAUUAGACAAUCGAAGGGGAAUAUUAAGAAGACGAUUCUAUAGACAACAUUGUACGCCUGAGAUGGGUUCUUAUACUAAAGAUUUGACAUCAGUUUCUAGCGAUUUAUCGAGAGUCUUUAUACUCGACAAUUCACCAGCAGCCUACAGAGCAUUUCCUGACAAUGCAAUACCAAUUAAAUCAUGGUUUUCAGAUACUUCAGAUACAGCAUUGUUAAACCUUUUACCAAUGUUGGAUGCAUUACGGUUUACAGAUGAUGUACGUAGUGUAUUAAGUAGAAAUUUACACAAUCAUAAUUUAUGGCAAUGAUCUGUUCAAUAAACCUUGUUGAAUUUCUUAUUAAAUAAUAUUUUUGACUGUUUCAAUAAUAUAAUGAGAAUAUACUAACUAACUUAAC